CUCCCGUUGCGCCUCGGCAAGAUGGCGGCGCCCGCGGCGGCGGGGCAGUGAGGGGAGGGCCAUGCUGGCGCUAAGGACGGCGCUGGGCCGCUGCCUGGCGGGACCGGUCCGCUGUGGGGUUGCGCCCGUGGGGACCUGCGGGACCGCUUGCAGUCCCUUUAUUCAGACAGCAAGAUGCUAUGCCAGGCCUGUGAGAAGAAAGAGAAAAGACAUCCCCAGCCAUUUGGAUGAUCUUCCUCCCACAAUGCUGAAGAAGGAUUAUGCCAGUGUCCCAAUAAUCAACAGUGUUGAUGAUGUAGUAAGAAGACUGCUGUCACUGGAGAUGGCAAGCCAGAGGGAGAAGGUGAAAAUAAAGACACAGCAGCUGGUGGAGAAGGUCAGGAGGUCUCCCAGUGACGAUGGCUCCCCUGAGGUGCAAGUUGCUGCACUGACUGCCAAGAUACGCACUAUAGACGAGCAUCUCCAGAGGUAUCCCAAGGAUAAGAGCAACCGCCGGCGCAUGCUGAUGGCCAUGGACCAGCGGAAGAAGAUCCUCUCCUACCUGCGCCGCGUCCGCUACAACACCUUCGAAAACACCUGCAAGCUGCUGGGCAUCCAGUACACCAUCCCCCCUGCCUACAACAGGAAGCCCACCAAGCGCUGGCUGGUGAAGAAGGCCUUCUGUAUCAAGGUUUUCCAGGAGGCACAGAAGCUGAAAGCAGAGAAGCUGAAAGCAGAGAAGCUGAAGCUGAAAAGUGAGUCGAAGGCAGCACAAAGCAAGAAGACACCACAGAGCAAGGAGACACCUGUGUAGUGGCCAGGGGAGGCCAACCCCACCAGGCUCUUAAAUAAAAAACACCUAAAGACUCAGAGCCUCUUUGCAUGGUCUGCCUCAUGGUGAGCGCCCACAAGAGGGCAGUGAGUAGUUUAAAAGUUUAAUUUAUGGCUGAUGUGCUGUGAGUUGUUCAGUCAGAACCUGGGGGGCUUCACCUCUGCUUCAGGCUGGGAUAUCUGCAAGAUCAGGGUCUGUGUCUCACCAUUGGUCAUUGAGCUGUCAGACAGCACUGACCCUGCUCCACAGCAGGGAUUUGGGCAGUGGGGUGACAAAUGAGGAACAAUGAGGUGAAAUGCUGCCUAUUUGGAAACCAAGCAGGCCUGAAGGCAGCUCAAAGUGCCAGUCCUCAUAGGAAAACAGGUUGGUUCAGAGUUCUGUGAAGCUCUUUAUCAAUCAUGUCUGUAAUUUCCCAGAUUACAGAACACAUUUCUGCCUUCUCUGUCAGUCAUCCCUCUGCCACUCCCAAACUUGGUGAUUUUGUGUUUUGCACCAAAAUCACUAAAGGGAGGAUUCCCAAUGUGAUUGCAAUGGUGCCUGCUCCCCAGCUUUCUAUAGCUUUCACCAAGAGUUCUCCCAUGUUCCUCCUAACUGUGUUGUACCUGGUUAUCAUAUCAGGCAAUGGGUACCACUGA